AUGACCUUAAUCGAUACCAUUAAGGUUUUGUUGUUACAUGCCAAACAUUCUAGCUCUUACCUUCACUUUUCUGUUACCACAACCUAUGGCCUUGUUGUUGAUCUAUCCUCAGAUGAGCCGCUGAGAAUCCGCUUGGCAAAGGACAAACAGCAACUCCCUGCAGUGCAGACCGUACUCCAGGUUCCGGCAUCCAGCACCACCAAACCUUCACCAGACAUCACUCCCGAGCAACAACCAAAAAUGAGAGAGGUGGCUACGACCCAAGGGCCUCAAUCAGAGCCAGCAUCGCUACCAAUACAUCAAGAAAUACUCUCUGAGACAGAAUGUCCACCACCAUGCCAGCCACAAUAUGGCCCCCACCUGCCAGGGUUCAAAUACUACAUAUCUCCUGAUUUUGGAACAAACUUCAUGUGGUACGACUGGGGAUGGCCCGGGAAUCCUGAAGGUGGCGUCGAUGUCGCUGAUGACGAACUAGAAGAGAGAUAUUCUAAAAAUUGGUGCAACGCUUACGUGAGGUGGGUUGACCAAUACAGCGAGGCUUUCGAAACCCGAGAGUGCCAUUUGGGUGCCGAUAACGAUGUUUUCCCGGAUGUUGAAGAGCGGUACGUCUGGUUAAUAGAGGGCGCGUUGCUGGCUGCAUGGUUAGCUUUACAAGAUGGCGUUCACGAAGUCCUGUAUGGGCCGGAGAACGAUGAUAAUUACCAGUUCAGGUUCGAACGAGACGAGAUAGAUAAGACUUUGUGCCAGUUUAUUCAUUCCAUUAAGCUGGAAUAG